GGGAGCGCUGCUGCCCGGGGCCGCCCUAGCGCCGAGGAUGCGGCUGCGCUCGGGGGUCUUCGCCGCCGGCUGCCUCCUGGUGCAGGCGCUCGGGGUGGGGCUGUUCCUCCGGGGCUUCUUCCCGGUGCCCGUGAGAUCCCUGCCCCGGAGAGAGGCCCGCGGGGUCCCGCCCGCUGAGCCGCCCCCGCCCGGCCCAGGAGUGACUUCUAAUUGGACCAAGAUUCCAUCACCUCUUUUCAAAAAAGCGGUCAUCGUGUUGAUAGAUGCUUUGAGAGAUGAUUUUGUGUUUGGAUCAAAGGGUAAACAGUUCAUGCCCUACACUACACAACUUGUUGAAAAAGGAACAUGCCACAGUUUCAUUGCUGAAGCGAAGCCACCCACUGUCACCAUGCCUCGAAUUAAGGCUUUGAUGACUGGUAGCAUACCUGGCUUCAUUGAUGUUAUCAUGAACCUUAAUUCUCCAGCACUCUUGGAAGACAACCUGAUAUGGCAGGCAAAAACUGCUGGGAAAAGAAUAAUCUUUUAUGGUGACGACACUUGGGUUAAACUGUUUCCAAAGCAUUUUAUGGAAUAUGAUGGAACAACAUCAUUUUUUGUGUCAGAUUAUACUGAGGUUGAUGAUAAUGUUACCAGGCAUUUGGAUAGUGUCUUAAAAAGAGAAGACUGGGAUAUACUAAUACUUCACUACCUAGGAUUGGACCAUAUUGGUCAUCUGACUGGACCAAACAGCCCUUUGGUGGGACCAAAGCUUUAUGAAAUGGAUAACAUCCUCAAGAAGAUUCAUACUUCACUCCUCUCCAAGGAAGAAGAAUCUUCUUUGCCCAACUUACUUAUUGUGUGUGGUGAUCAUGGGAUGUCCGAAACAGGCAGUCAUGGAGGUUCCUCAGAGGAAGAAGUUCACACACCUCUGCUAUUUAUCAGCUCUGCUUUUGAAAAGAGAAAUGGCCCUUUAAAACAGCCAGAACUUGUGCAACAGACGGACUUAGCUGCUACGUUGGCGAUAGGUCUUGGCCUGCCAAUUUCAAGAAACAGUGUUGGGAAUAUUAUACUCUCCGUUAUAGAAGGGAAGACAAUGAGAGAACAACUAAGGUUCUUGCAUUUAAAUGGGUUCCAGCUUAGUAGACUACUUCAGGAGAACAUGCCGACAUAUGAAAAAGAUCCUGGAUUUGAGCAUUUUAAGAUAGCAGAAAAAUCCCAUGGGAAUUGGAUCAAGCUCUACCUAGAAGGAAAUAAUUCAGAAGUCCUCUUAAACCUUGGCAAAAAGGUCCUUAAGCAAUAUUUAGAGGCUCUGAAGAUCCUGAGUUCUUCACUAAGCAAGCAAGUGGCACAAUACGACAUGUAUUCAAUGAUGGUGGGAACUGUGAUAGUCCUGGAGGUUCUGCUUCUGCUUUUGCUCAGCAUGCCGAAAGCACUGAGCAGCAGGGCUGAAUUUGAAGUGCCACUCUCCCCUCCGCUGUUUUCUCUGCUGUUUUACUUGAUGUGCCUGAUGCUGUGUGCAGUUCAUGUAAUUGUAUGCACAUCAGCGGAAAGCUUGUGCUAUUUCUGCAGUAUAUCAUGGUUAAUGGCAGUUGGAGUGAUGAUGCUGAUUUCUGCACUUAUGUGUGUAAUUUUAUCCGCCUUUGGAAAGAUGCUUGAGAAUCCCAAACUUCCAGCUAAGAACCCAGCUGUCUCCAAUUCCAGCUGGUCAGAACUAGAUGUACUCAUGUUGGCAGGAACUGUUGGCCAUGCCGUGAGCCUGGGAGCAAGCAGCUUUGUUGAAGAGGAGCACCAAACCUGGUAUUUUCUUAUCAAUACUCUUUGCCUGGCACUGUGCCAGGAAAUUUGUAGACACUACUUUCUUGUGAAAGAAUGUGAUCUUCAGCUUAGUACUGCUGUGAAACAAAAUUUUGAAGAUAUUGAGGAAACCGCCCAGUGCAGGAAUGUUGAUAUACCAUCAUGUGACUCAAAAUUGGGCAAAGUCACCUCUUCAGGUGAAUUUCUAAGAGGCUCAGAAAAGUGGAUGGGUUUAGCAAGUCCAUGGAUCAUCCUUAUUUGCUGUCGGUUACUUCGUUCCUUAAAUCAGACGGGAGUUCAGUGGGCUCAUCGACCCGACUUCGGACAUUGGUUGACAAGUUCUGAACAUAAAGCUGUACUGUCCCUUCUGGCAGCUAUCUCCUUAGUUAUGAUCUUUAUUCUGGUUCAGAGGAGAUGCUCCCUGGUUUCGAAAAUAGCGAUGGCACUUGGGCUCUUGGGAGUCUACAGUUACCGGGCAGCCAUUGGAAAUGUUGUAUUUCCAUGGCAACAAGACAGCAAAGAUAUCUCAAAGGGAAUUAUUGAAGCUCGUUUUGUUUAUGUCUUUGUUCUUGGCAUAAUCUUCACUGGAACCAAAGAUUUACUCAAAUCACAGGUUAUAUCUGCAGACUGCAAGUUCAAGAGCAUUGGUUUAUGGGAAGUAUAUAGUGGAUUGGUUCUGCUAGCAGCCCUGCUAUUUAGACCCCAUAACCUGCCAGUUUUGGUGUUUUGCCUGCUGAUUCAAAUGAUAAUGACAAGAUGUAUCUGGAAGCCACUAACAUUUGAUGCAGCUCAAAUUACUAUUAUGCAUUAUUGGUUUGGCCAAGCUUUCUUCUAUUUUCAGGGAAACUCGAAUAGUAUCGCUUCAGUGGAUAUUUCAGCUGGUUUUGUGGGAUUAGACAACUAUGUGGAAAUACCAGCAAUUUUUCUUACAGGGUUUGCAACGUAUGCAGGACCUUUGCUUUGGGCCAUUCACUUGCUGUGCUACUUGAGUUCUGAAGUUAGCAGGAAUUCGGCAGCAAUGGGUCAUGGCUGUUUCUGCUAUGCACUGAUAUGUUCGGUCCCAGUCACAGUCUACAUCAUUUUGGUAACAGGUCUACGACACCACUUGUUCAUAUGGAGUGUGUUCUCACCUAAACUUCUUUAUGAGGGAGUGCGUGUGUUCAUCACAGCUGCUGUUUGCCUGUUCUUUACAGCCAUGGAUCAGAACCGGUCUCAGAAAAUCCACGACUGAAAGUGAAUGUAUUGUUCCAAAGGCUGUCAUCACAGUACCAGUUGGAUAGACUGGAGUCGUAUAAUGAAAAUAAUGGUUUUAAAUUAUCCUGUGAAAUUUAAUUCUUUCGUUUGUUGGAAAACAUGUAUGUUAUAAAAGGCUUGUUUUAUUUAAAUGGGUUUGUGUUUCAGAAUGUUUAAUCAGAGUAAAAAACCCACCUUUUCAUCAUUAGUUACAGCUCCCUUAUUCUGUAUCAGUUAUUUCAGAACUCAGAUCUUUACCAUCUUCACCAUUGCAGCCACUACCAUCUUAUUUAAUGAGGCAUCAGAUAUUAAGAACUUCCUUAGUAAUGAGGUCUUAUUGGUGUUUUGUCAGUGUCACUCAUUGCCUUCAAUGUUAAGGGCCUGAUCCCGAUCAAUGGGAGAUAUAUCGGGCCUUAAAUGAGGACACACUUGACUGUCCUCAUUCAGCUAGGUGAAAACUGUGCUCAUUAAGUUUAGAUUUCUUCGGUUAUUCUAAAAUUGCUGGUUUGGGGCACAAUCUUUAUACAGCUACUUUUAGCUAGACAAUAAAAUAUUAAAGGUAAUUCAUUAAAACCAUAGUCCCAAAAGCCAUCUGUGGCAAAGUCCCGUCUCAGUCUCCCCAGCCUCUGCUGUUUUUAGCUCUGGUGAGA